ACAUUUUUGAGAUAUUCCCCAAAAUAAUUAAUAUUCAAUAAUCUCAAAGAAAAAAUUGGUAAAUUUUACCUUGCUUAGGAUAAAGAUAACACAAGAUAGUUCUCGUUAAAGUAAGAAGGUUUGAUGAAAUAACACCAAAAUGUCUAAAUUACCCACGAAAACUUCCGAGUCGGUAUUUUUUGGACCGAAAGAAUUAACGCCAAACAAAGACCCUACGGGAGUAGUAAAAACUCUUUUUACGCAGAUAUCUAACAUACAUAGACUUUUAAAUCAAUGGUUUAGAGUUAUUGAGAAAGGGACGGAAUUCGUAAGAUUAAUAUGUUCAUUAAAAUUACACGAGUAUCGAGAAGAUUAUUACCCACAACAAUUAAAAAGAUUAAUGGAGGAUCUUGUGGAAGCUAAAAAUGUACUGAAGGACAUAGUUGAAAGUGUGGAUAUCAUAAAUAAACAAGUACAAUUGUUACCAAAGCUGCAUACAACAGGUUUGCCUGUAAUGAACACAUGGCAAGCACCACACUUUGCCGCUCAAGUACUGGCUUUGUACACAUCAUUGGGCCAGGAGUAUGAACUCAAAGAAAUUAUUACAGAAAACAUUGCGCACUGCAGAGAUGAGAAACUGAUUGAAGUGUAUGCAAGUGCAUGGGAGUACACAAUGUACAUAAAUACGGAAUCUAUUGUUUAUAUGUUUGCUGAAAUGGGUUUGAGUAGUAUUAAAUAAGAAGUUUAGUAAUCAA